UCCAAACAUCACACUUUAAUACGAUUUUUUUGCUAUUCUAGAAGAAUAUGAAAAAUCAAUUUGAAUUUCCAUCUUCUUUGUACGGAUCAAAUGAUUUCAAGACUGUAAUGCGCGGUAUUUUACGUGGUGUAUUAUAUUGUUCUUUGUGUUACGGUAGUAUAGCAGCAGGAUUUUUGUUCAUUGCCUGUCCACUUCUACCACUGUUGUUAUUUAGUCCGCCAAGAUUUCGAAAAUGUGCAGAGCUCCUAUUUUCAUGUUGGGAAUUUUAUCCUACUGCUUUGAUGAACGUGCUUGGUGUAAAAAUUUUUGUGUCUGGCGAUCAUAUAUCUCCUGAUGAAUCGGCCGUUCUUGUGAUGAAUCACAGAACAAGGGUAGAUUGGAAUUUCUUAUGGGCGGCAAUGUACCAAGCGUGUAUGCCCAAUGUAGCCUGUCAUAAAUUGAAAUUUAUUUUAAAGGAUCCUCUACGACAUAUUCCUGGUCCUGGAUGGAUGAUGCAAAUAAAUGGUUUCCUUUACAUAACGCGACGUUGGAAAGAAGAUCAAGGGCGAUUAUCACGUACUCUCGAUUACUUGAUCGCGUUAGAUAAUCACUCGCAGUUGCUGAUAUUUCCCGAGGGCACUGAUUUGACAAAGAACAAUAAGGAGAAGUCGGACAAAUAUGCUGUACAGCGUCAUUUACCACAGUAUAUAUACACUCUGCAUCCGAAAACUACGGGCUUCACUUAUUUGGUCCAACAUCUUCAGCGAGCGAAUUAUCUUGAUGCUGUUUAUGACUUAACAAUAGCAUAUCCGGAUCGCAUACCACAAUCUGAAAUCGACUUAAUUAGGGGUAAAUUCCCGGACGAGAUAUACUUUCAUAUAAGACGAAUAUCAUCCGCAGAUAUACCAAUACACGAUAUGACUUUGAGAAAAUGGCUGGAAGAUAGAUGGUCCGUCAAGGAAAGAAUAUUGAAGCAAUUUUAUGAACAAAAAGCAUUUCCCUUUGAAAUUUGGCCGAUAACGGUAAUGAAAACGUUACCAUUACAAGCAGCAUUAGGAUUCUGGAGUAUAUUAACAGCCUCCACAGGUGUCUAGUCGGACGAUCUGAUUGUUCCUGUGGCUCACCCCGACAAGACAUUCAACAUAUUUUGUGAUCCCAUCCACUACUAAGAAGUCACCGAACACAACUGACGUGCUCAAACGGGAAAGCCCUGGGCACCUCUCCUCCUUACAAUAUUUUUGAACUCCUGAAAAUCUUUCUGUUAAAAUUAUAAAUCCUAUUUUAACCUUUCUCCAUAAGACUGAGGUGCUUAUAUAACUCGGCCAUUCAUAGUCCGACCGGAUAAAUUGAACUCUUUACUUAUUGCAAUUUUGAACACAAUGAAGAUAUCUGGCAGCAUGGGCGAAGAUUAAUAUUGCUCAGUGCCAAGACUGAAGAAGAAGCUUUUCUGUUUAUAUACAGUAACUAUAAACCUAACCAUGCAAUCUUCGCGUAGUACAUACAUUUCGGAUAAUACGAUACUUGAAACUUGUGAAACUGAUAACUUGAAAAGUACUGAACGAAAUUGAGCUUUAUAUUACAUCAUUUUGAAAAAUUCUUGACAUCAGUUACAAUAAUACAUAAUAACAAAUAUAAUUUACAUUAAAAAAAAUUAAGUUGACCUUAAUCUGACCUUGACAACGCUAUCCAUGUCGAAUACAUACUGACUGAAUGUGCCUUCUUAAACCUUAUAACUUUUUUUUCUAAAAUGAAUUGUUUAUGAAAUAUUCGACUAUUUCCA